AUGGACACUCCAUCUGAGCAUUCAAUUAGCCAGAUCGGUGCAACGGACAUGGAUCCACCGCCCAUCUCGGCGUCGGCGGAGAGCUGCAUUGAAGAUGACAACAUAUCUCUUACUUCAACGGCCGCAAGCGAGUUUCAAGACGAGUAUGAGGUUGAAACUAUUCAUGCACAAGAGUUCAUCGAUGGCGAGAAAAGGUACCUCGUGAAAUGGAAAGGCUAUUCUGACCUGCGCUGCACCUGGGAGCCCGUAGACUCAUUUAACAGCAGCGAGACGCUAGACGAAUGGAGGAGGAAGAAACGCGCGAUCACGAGAGGCAUCAGAGCUCCUUUCGAUAUUGAAAAAUGGGAGGCGGAAUGCAAAGCCUUCGAAGAGGCCUCUCAGGAACGUAAACGUCGACGAAAAGGAAAACGAGCCAGGCUAGCCUUGUUGGCGUCUGCUAAAAAGGAUGAGAGGGCUAGGCCAGUGACGGAUUCAGAUCGUCCAACGAACGCUCAAGAUUUGCCCCCAUCUAGUGAUCAUAUACCUCAGAUAGCUGUCAGGGGAAAGGCUCUUGCCCAGCCAAAAAAUGUAAAUGACACUCGAAGCAUACACACGACUGGUAACCAGCCCAAAACGCGGGGGGCAGAAUCUACAACGGGGCAGUUACAAAAAGACCCAGCUCGUCGUUCAGAAAUACCGAGAGCAGCACCACCGAAACCCGUUGCUUUCACAGUCCAGAGUGGCCGUGCUGAAAGAAAAGACCUUGCCAGUGUAUUACAUCGAGCUCGACAACAAGAAAAGACGCCCACGGAUCAAAUUAAAACAUGGAAGCUUUUCUCGACAACGCAUAAAUUCGAAAAAGCGUCACGGCAAGACCCUGAACCAAACAGAGACGAUCUUGAGCUACAGAGCCCUAAAACAUGGUCUCCCUUUCAGAUGUCUGCUUCUCUCAGACGACGCAAAUCUACAGAACACAAAGAUAACAGUCUUUUUGUUGAACAAGACGAACCUGCUGAAAUACAAGAAAGCACGCUUUCUCGCUCUCGGAUUAAUGCAUCCAGCCCCAUACUUCACUCAAAGCAACCGAGCAUCGUGGACGAGACUCCUCCCAGUGUUUCCUCAACCUAUAAUGACCAAGAAGCAAGAAGGGCCACGUUAACUAAUGAUUCAUAUGUCCUAUCUGAGCCUGUAGUUCCUAUAGGCCCCCGUGGUUGGAAACCCGGCAGAAAAGGAUUCAUAAUACGAAAUCGUGAACUGACCAAGAAAAGCGACAUCCUUUGUAAACUAUCUCAUGGCUCGGAAGCUAUUGAGAUAGGAGAUGCCCUACUCUGCGAUCUCUCAAGCUUUGCUCGCAGUAGUGUCUACUCUCUCAAGCACAGAAGCGAAAUUCGAAUUCGGUUUGAGGAACUCUGCACGUUAGAACAUUACCAGUCACUGUCAGAUGAGAUACACGAUGAGAUUUUAUUCAAUGGCUGUAUUACUGCCUAUUCUGAUACGCAGGAAGGGCUUUCUAACUUGGAAAAAGUGUUACUGGACAAAGAUCUCGUUGGAAUAGCAAGAGUUUGCCCUCGGCCGUCUCAGCCAGAUUACGGGCUGACACUUUUGUGUUAUCCCACAAAGUCCAAGAAUUUCCAAUUUCUCAAUAAGCAUGCAUAUGAUGUGCCAGAGGGCUCUCUAUGUGUCGCAGGUCGGUCUGGUAUCCUACCCCGACGCUCGCUGAAUGUUACAUAUCCUAGCAGGCCUGCACAGAAUACCCAGCGAUAUGAAAGACCAGAGCGAGAAGGGCGUUUCGGCGAACCAGGUAAAUCUGAAAACGAUGGCUUGAUUCCUUGGCGGCAUCCAUCAACAAACAGUAUUUCUGCCCCUCAACCAGAUGAUCCACCAUUGGAAGCGCCAGAGAGACCUGUGGAAGCCCUUACAUGCCAUUCAGACACAAGUGAUCAGGGGACGGUGGCGCCCCAAACUGCACAAUUAGAUGUCUCAAAAACUACUGCAGCUGACAAUCAAACGGAGGUCUCUGCUGAUCUUUGUGAUGCGAUGGACAUCUCUGACUCUUCCAGUCAGUCUGCCCAAGAUAAACUAGACCAUUCAGUCAUCGAAACACCGGAUUUAGAGGAGCCCAACUUAUCGCUACCUAUCGGCGAGGCAUCAAACGAGAUAUCUCACCCCCAAACUGCCGAGGACAAGCAGGAUAUCUCGAUGAUUGACGUAGACGCUGGUCAAAACAUUGAGGGUUUCAUAAAGGACGCGUUCCCCAGAGCUUUUAACAUAGAUUUUAAAGACAUUGCUGCUAUUACCAGCCGUUCAAGCAUGAAACUCACCAAUUGCUUCUACCUAUGGUUUCCCGAGAGCGCAGACGGAGAUUUCCAGAUACUAGAGCAAUUUCUUGAGAGCCAUUGCGCAAUUAUACUUUCUAAUCGCAAAAAGAAUGAUUGGGGGAAGUUCACAAAGUCGAGUACUGGAGUCGCAUUGUUUCACCAUACAUUUAUCCAAUACCACGAACUUCCCGGUUUCCAUAAACUCACCAUGAGCCCAUCCUUCAACUUUUGGAGUGUUUCGCUUUCAUACGGCAUUCCUAAUCUCGACACAACAACCAAUUUUCAACGGCUUUUCCCUCAAGGCAGUGGAUACCUCAUGACAGAGGAUUUUAUGCUCCAUGAAAGAGACGCGGCGAUACUUAUUCUGGCCUGGUUUCGGGAUACGGCGAAUUCCAAGUUACCAGGUACAACGAAGAUGAUGUUUCGUCCAGAUAUUUUGAAGUGGCUAGAUGUAAUGUCGAUAGAAGAUCCUCGCUUCACGGUUAUGGCCGUUCUUAUAGGCGACACCGCAUGCCAGGGCGACCCAUUAAACUGGCCCACCGAAGCCCGAGAUCUCGACUGUUUCACGAACCCGUUCCUCCAAAGCCCCGUCCUCUCUGUAGCAGCAAUGCGCAACCCGGAUGGCCCCGCCGCCCAAGAUGGCACAGACGCAGAUCUGUUGUGUGAGCUAUUCUCGGCAUGGACUAUUCUGAAUGCGGCGUCUUUACGUAGAUUCCAUGUUCUCACGCACCUUACGCCCAAAGAAAGAUGGCAGAAAUGGCAACAUAUUGAGAUAAUCCAAGGCGCAAACGACUUCUUUCAAAGAUGGAACAUCAAUAAAGACAAUUACUUGAAGUGGCUAGCCCAGAAGAAUGCUGCAUCACCACCACAACCAACAGCAUCAUCGUCGUCGCAAUUAUCAGGUCCUUUACCAUUGUCAAAGGAAGCAAACCAAUGGAAUCUGGGAUCUCACGCAAUCAACUCUUCUCACACAACACAGACAGCAGCGGCUUCAUCACGGUCGCGAAUGUCACGGCCAUAG